AUGGGAUUUGGUAAUAAAGUAUUUAGAUCUGCAAGACAACAAGCAGCUUUUGAUAAGUCUUUAGCUGGAAAAUACCAACGUCUUUUGAAAAAGAAUCCUUUUCUUUUUUUUGGUGUACCAUUUUGCAGUAUGAUAGUUAUAGGUUCUUAUUGGCUGGCCGGCUUUACAUCUGUUAAGUAUGAGAGGGAGGAUCGGAGAAUACAUGAAUUUCAUGAAGAAGAAAUCUUAACAUUAAGAAAGAAACAAAGAAAGGUAGAUGUAAAAGAGGAAUAUUAUCGUCUUCAAGGUUUAGCAGAUGAAGACUGGGAGCCGGUGAGAGUAGAACGUCUAGAAGGAGAAUCAGAAAAUGUUUGGUAA